AUGACCAUCCAGCCACCCACCAUACUGGGCACCCGGACCAUUCCGGGUAUGCACCAGUCGAACGCGCCCAGAGGUCUGAGCUGGAACGAUGAUGGCCAAGCUGCCUUCUUCACGACGCGCGGGGUCCAUAUUUUGACUCCCCAUCUCAUAUGUUCUCUCCCUGCUCCUCCGGCGUACCUUGCCCCCGGUCUGACCCUGGAGCACCCAUCCAUGAUUCUGGGGCGGUAUAGGCGGGGUGAGAUGCCCGCGGACAAUGAAGAGGAUGAGGCGGGGCCGUCGACGAGGCCUGUCCGGCGCGUAAGGAGGCCUGAGAAUGGGGAAGUAGGGUGGUAUCUUAACGGAGUGGAUCCGAAGGAGAUUGACAGGAUGGAGGUGUAUGGUUGGACGGAGGUCGGAGAGGAGAGUAGCGCUAUCAUCUCGCAUGACGAGUUUACGACGCAAGCGAUGGCCUGGUCUCCCUCGGGCUUGUCAGAUCUGGGGAGUUGUCUAUUGGCUAUCAUGACCACUCAAGGUCAGGUGUCGGUAUACGUACCCUCCAGAGACCCAUACACGAAACGAUGGGAAGAAAUAGCGGAUAUGACGGUUCUUACCCGGGCGACGCUGAAGAAGGAGAAGGAGUUGACUGUGCCAAUGAUGCUGCAGAUGAGGGCCACAUGUAUGCAGUGGUCCCAUGCUCUUCCCCUGACGAGCACGCUCGGUAUAGACUCCAGCUUGUUUGCUAUUGCGAAUCGAGCGGGAAAAGUCGUGUUCUGGUCCUAUGGCCCGGAGAGGAGAUUCGAGAAGGUCCUGGGGGCCGAAGUGACUACGGGUUGGAUAAUAGCGCUGGAUUGGUCAGCCUGGGUAGAGGUCGAUAAAAACACUUAUACAUCCAGACUGGCGAUGGCAUGUAGCGACGGCAGUGUCGCCAUUCUGCAUAUCCAGCAAACGGUCCAGGUCGAUGCGGAAGGGGCAAUUAGCCGGACGGUGAAGGUUGUCAAGGAUGAGAAGAUGCCAGAUCAGGAUAUGAGAGCUAUUUGUGGGCUCAGGUGGAUUGGGACUAUCUUGGUCGUCACCCGGCCUGGAUCUAUCACCUUCUGGUCAGCCCCAUUUUCGGGCUUGGUCAAGUGGUCAGGGUGUAAACGGAUAGUCCUGCCGGGGUUGGGUAAUUGGGCAGGCGCGAAUCCUCUGAGCAGUUGUGCUUCUAUACAGCAAAUCGACUCCGACUCCCUGCUUAUCGUACUCUCGACUCACAUCCAAUAUAUCAUCACUGAUCUCCUCACCUCGCCUCGCCUGGACGAUCACGCCGACUCGCUCAAUCUAAGCAUAGCUGCCAGGCAAGUGUACCUCGACCAUGUCCAGACCGACAUGUUCGAAGGUGCCGACAGCACCAAACAGGACGCAUACGUCCAAAGUACGACGGCGUUGACUUGUGGAUGGGCGGGAGUGGGAGAAGCGGGCUUAGUAUCGUGGUGCGGAGAGGCGACAAACUUUGCUAAUAUGGAAAUGAAGCCUGAGGGGAUCCGGCAGAGCACUUUUGUUGUGGCGGAUAUGGGAGGGAUUAUGCCGCGUCGAAGGGCAGUCAUGGACGAGAUUGAAGAUGUAUUGGAGAGUCCACCAUCUCUCGUACAGAUAUCACCGCUCAAAGCGCUACUACCUCAACUACUGAGGAUCGUCGCCAUGCCCGAUCAAGACAGCAUCGGCUCCGAGAUCCUCGAGCUCCUAUCUUCGGAAGCGUGGAACGAGGCGGGACCGGCCACUUCUAGCUUGGACGAUAGGGGCGCCUCCUCGAAAGACGCGAUGGCGAAGCUGAGGCUGAGCAUCUGGGGUAGCAAGCCGCUCGAUGGAAUGCGACUGCGAUAUGCACUCGCUAGGUGGUCAGCUGCCACAUUUACUUCAUCGGCCAAGGCGUUCACGUCGAUCUCCACAUCGAUAUUGCAGGCCAUACAGGGGAUCGUCGUGGAGCGGCAACUCGCAUGGGCAGCAAAGUCUUGCGGCAAGUCGAUCGGGAUCGAUCUUCCCUUCCUUCGGCUUCUGCUAAGGUAUACGACGGACUCCAACGUCGCAUCCGACAUCGACGCGCUGUCUCGGGCCGUCUCCCACCUGGGGGCCGAUGCAGGCGAUGCGCUUCUGGAUCCAUGUCCGGCGUGCGCUCAGCCGGUGGCAUUAGGGGAUGUCAACGGGAACGCGCGAUGUGGGAAGGGACAUGAGUGGAGCCGAUGCUCGGUUACUCGCCUGCUCAUCGCUCAACCGAAUUACCGCGUCUGCUCCUCCUGUCCCGCCGUGUCCCUCAUUCCGACCAGCAGCGCCGAGCCGCCCAUACCCGUCGCCGAGGAUGGUUCAGAUACGGACUAUCUGCGUGUAGCGGGGAAGGCGGAGUCUGGGGGAAUGGCCGAGCAGAUGCUGGAGGCGGCGGUGGUUUGCUUGUUGUGCGGAGGGAGGUGGGUCAGGGUGUAUUGA